AUGAUUUUCAUAGCAGACAAUUAUUCCAAGUCCCAGAUGAUUGGACUUGGAAUAGCAUUUAUCAUACUGCCAAUCGUCGCCAUUACUCUGAGAAUCUGGGCAAAGCUUCUCAGUCGGGGAACCAUUGUUUUAGAUGAUUAUCUAAUUCUAGUCGCUUUGGUAGGUCUUCUCUAAAUGCGCGAAUCGUCCAUAGGUAGCUGAUAUGGCAUAAGGCGUUUGCAAUUGGCUGUUGUUCAAUGCAGCUGGUCGGUAAGUUCUGGGAAUUUCUUUGCUUCCAUUCAUUUCUAGAGGAAUUAUUUCGCUGAUCUCCUACAGCGGCAACGAAGGGGCAACUUGGACAACAUCAAACCGUUGGGUUGGAUGGACAACCGCUUCUAGAUGAUCCAAAAUUCAUAAUAUACGAAAAGGUAAAGGUGUCCCCUUACACAUAGACAAAAAUGAUGUUGACAAUUAUUUAGACAAAGUUUGCCGUCAACAUGCUUUCAACUGUGGGCUUGGGUUUCACAAAAUCAUCCAUAUUGGUCUUCUACAUGAGUAUUUUCAGAGGCAAGGAGUUCGUCAUCGCGGUACGAGUAAUGCUAGGCAUCGUCAUAGUGUGGACAGUUUCUUUCUUCUUUGCCAACUUGUUUACGUGCUAUCCUAUCACCCCCUUUGUCGAACCCUUCUAUGGUCAUAAAUGCUUAGACGCAAUUAGCAUGUGGUAUGCGAUGAGUAUUUCCGAUCUGAUCGUUGAUAUAUUGAUCCUUGCUAUGCCCAUCCCCAUGGUACUCCACCUAAAAUUACGACCCAAGCAGAAAAUUGGAGUUUUGGCAAUGUUUUUGCUAGGAGCCACGUAAGGCCACUCGGGUUCCUCAGUUCAAUUGGAGACUGACUUUUCACUAGUGUUUGCGCAUUUAGCGUGACUCGUAUGAUAGUUUAUUAUCAUGUAGGAGAAGGAUUCGCUGCUCAUUAUACCGAUGAAACCUGUAAGUGAUGAUGCUAAAGGCGAACAGUACUAACUUUCUAAAACAAAUGCUAAUACUGAAGUUUGCAGACUUCACAUCACCGGUCUUCUUCUGGGCCAACAUCGAGCUGUCAAGUGCCAUUAUCAGCGCAUGUCUACCCACGUAUCGCUCCUUGUGGGUUACUGCCAAAAAACAAUCUCAAUCAACAAGAGGUUCCCUACCAUUGAAAUCAUACCCGGUCAAAACCACCGACACAAAUUGGGGCAGUUCGGGAAAGCGUAGUAAAGGACUCACAUCUGAUACCGAGUCUCAAAUGGAUUUGCAAGGCGAAAGCGGGGUAAAUACUUUUAUCAAUGGGGGCCGUUCUGGUUCGGCACAUUCUGUACGUGAGGAUGGUAUUGCUAUUCAGCAAUCAGUCGAAUUUUCGUCGGAAUUCAAUGCUAGAUAG